AUGGCUUCAAUGCAGACGUUCGUCCAGAGAUCUACAAUAUUGCCGGUCUUUCCCCUAGAGCUCUGGGACAUCAUCAUUGAAUACCUAUACGAUGAAGAAUCUUCCCAACACCUGAGCCGACUUGCUCAAUCGUGUGCUACUCUUUAUACAAGAAUCAACUCUAAACUCUACAACCGCGUUCGCCUGUUUAAUUCAGAAAGCGGGGCUCGUCUUGCUCUCACCAUAAAGAAACAUCCAGAGUUAGCACCGCUUAUUCGCGAGAUUCGACACAAGCAAGAUGCUGGGUCAGAAUUUUGGUCUUCUCGUCAUUUGAAAUUCUACGAAACGGCUGCAACUUUGCCAAACCUGGAGAACUUGAGUUUAAGAAGAAACCCGAGGCCUUUUGAUUCUACUCGGUGGGCUAGUACACAUGCUAGAGAUGAGGCUAUGUUGCAAUGGGUGAGAAAGAUUGCCUCUGGAUCAGGUACCGUCAAAGAGUACCGAGAGUUGGGAUAUGGGCCUACAGGGGAAUCGUCGUUCAGUCCUCCAGAUCGUGAGCUUAGUUACAUGCGAGACGGCGGGGCCGAGACUUUGUUCGUGCACGCUUCUCUUCUAGACCCGCCGGGACUGCCCUCUCUGCGUGUUUGUCACAUCGGAAGCGACUAUAAUCAUGACGAGCACAAUCCUAAGAUGGACGGCAGAUGCCUACCAAUAUUCGAUGAAGCACUAUUCAGCCAUCCAGGUUUACGAAAACUCUGUGUCACUGGUGCUAUAUUCCAACUUUCCCAGUCUAUACUUCCAGUAAUAACUACAUCGUCGCCUCUGGAGGAACUGACCCUUCUGAACUGCAUCAUAAAUCCAUCGGACCUCGAAACAGCACUCGGGUACCCAAAAGCCUUGAAGCGAUUCACGUUCAGAGGUCCUAGGUCACAGGAGAUGGUAGACCCUGAUGGGGAACCCCUAUGUUAUGUUCACUCGACGCUCAUGCACGAUAGUUCCCUGGAAUACAUGGAUUACGAUCUUUACUGGGGUGGUGAUGAGGAGACAGACUUCGGCGAACUAGUUCAACUCAAGCAUCUCACAACAACGCUCGCCACACUUACAGGGAGGGAAUGCAUAGAACUGGAUCCCACUGAUGAUAUUUUGCCGCCGAAUCUGGAGAGUCUCACAAUACGAUACGAUGAAGUGAAGCCAUGGCUCCCUUCGGCUAUUUACGAGAUGGUGAAAGACAAAAAACUUGCAAAGCUGCGUCGCUUUACCUGCGAGAUACCGGAAAUCAUGGAACACCUUCCAUCAAUCAAUGAAGACAAGUUCAACCCUCCAGCCACCGAAAUAUGUCAGGAGGGCAACACCUGGAAAAGCAAGUUUGCAGAGCUGAAUGUGGAUAUGUCGAUGGUCUCAGUUCCUUACCCGCUUGAACUUUCCAAAUACGACAUGUGUUCUUGCGAAUGCCUGAGCUUUUACCACCGGAUGUUCUACCAUCCAUACAAGCGAUUGGCAACUCCUUGGGAGGAAAAUGGGUUGGGAGAGGAGGACGUGUUCUUUGAUGACUGGGCCGAUGUUGAUGAUGAAAUUGACCUUGAUAUCCUCAUGGAUGAUCUUGCGGAGGAGUCUGGAUCUGACGUGUCAGCCUGA